AUGCCUACCAUCUCAAGGAUGACCCCUGAGGACUUGACUGCGAUUGGAAUCACAAAGCCAAGUCACAGGAAACGGUUAAAAGCGGAUAUUUCUCGUAUGAACAUAUAUGAUGGAAUACCUGAUUAUAAACCAAAUGAUCUGCUUGAAUGGUUAAAACUGCUAAAUAUGGAGCAGUAUUACGACACGUUGUUGAGUCAAGGUUAUAGUACGAUUGAUCAGUUGACGGAAAUCACUUGGGAGGAUCUCGAGGAGAUUGGCAUCAAGAAAUUGGGCCACCAAAAGAAGACGAUCCUCGCCAUAGACCGCUUGAAACGUAUUAUGGCUGGUUCUAAACGCUUGUCCUCUUUAGAGCAGAGGUCUCCCUACAUUGAGCCUUUGGACCCACCAGCGAUGAACGUCUCAGGCAAUUGGUCUCUGGACACAGUCAGCACCUCGUCCAGUGAAAGUACCUUGACUCGGCCAAAGAAGUCCGCCUCUGGUGAUAGCCUCUCACAGCAUUUAGCUUCUGAUCACAAAGACGGCAGCAGCGGUGACCACACCCCAACCUCUUCUAGUCCGGGGCCGCAUCAACCCGAUCUGGUAGCUAUACAAGUUAAGCGGUCAGUAUCCCAUUCUGGCUCAGGUGAAAUUCCAUCUAUUGCCGAAAGCACGGAUAUGACCGGUCAGCCUAUAACAUACCAGUCGUUUCAUAUCCCAAACAGCAACAAGCGAUCCUCGGACUUGACAGAGGAAAGGUUUCCAGGGACUAACGGCCAGUUGAUAAUCGAAGAUACAACCAAUGAAAAUGUAACCCGGCCUUCAGCUGCAGUUUCGCCAAGGGUGAUGAUUAAGCCAAAACCCGUGGCUAAAAUUUCUGCCAAAAGUAAUCGGGCCCGUGAAUUCUCUCCUGAAUCAUCAUCUGACAAAUACGACCGUGAGGUUAACCCUGACAACAUGAAAAGUUUUGGCGCACUAAAGCAAGGCCAGUCUUUCUCUCCUGAGCACAUUUAUGACCAACCGGUCAUAAAUGCACCCAAAUCACCAAAGCCCUUAGUCCUCCCUAAACCAAUUGGCCUUACAAGUGGUAGCAGCUGCCAGGCCCAAACUGCAGCAUUCACAAACACAAACACAAGUGGAGCUGGCAUUGCUGCAAACACAGACCCCAGCAUUUAUGCUUCAGCAGAACAGGGCUUUGCUCCACCUACUGCAACAAAGCCGAAAAAAGUGCCACCCCCGCCGCCGCCUAAACGAAGCAACUCUAUGAGAAAUGAGGAAAGAAAAUACCAGCUUCCGAAUCGCAAGAGCGAGCCAGCCACCCCAAGCUUCAACACCCUGUCCAAGUCCCUGCCAAACUCGUCGACACACCACGAAGAAUUUGCGAACUGUGUGAAAUCACUGUCGGAGCGUUUUGGCAAGAACAUGGAUGACAAUGAUGCCCAUGAUUCAUCAUCCAACGAAAGUGAUGAUUUCCCUCCCCCACCACCUCCGUUGGCCAUGGACAUCAUUACACCCCGCCUCCACAACUACGGUAUCCCCAGCAAAGGUGGCCGGUCUGGUGUAGAUUUGGGAGUCAACAAUCCCCCGUCCCGAGUCAAGAAGGAUUCUUGCCCUAUGCUAAAAGAAAAACCUACAUUUCUCAUGCAGAAACUCUCAAUCAGUGAGAAGGUGCUAGAGGAGGGUCCCUCUCUGACCUCUUCAUCAUCCUCCGGUGAUCGCAGCCUUUCUGAGUCCGAAAUGUUCGUUUCCAAGAGGAAGGAUUCGACACUGAGCAUGGAAUCCAAUAGCUCCAACUCGAGUGUCGAUUCUAACACUCUGCCUUUUGCAAACGAAAAUAUCGGCACAAUAAAGCAAAAAAGCGCACCAGCAACCUUACUGAAGCCAAGCGUAGUGCACUUUUCAGAAGAGCUAACUGCAUCCUGCACAGACGAUGGCGCCAGCAAAUUUAGCACAACAGAGAAUUCCACAGAUCUCCGGACAAGUACACUUGGCCGUAAAUUUCAGCAGAGAACUUUUCCCGCUUCCCAGACAACAAACUUUUCGGAAGAUAAUGAGGAUGAACCCCCCAAGCGUCCACCCUUGCCUAAAAAAUAUGAAGCUACAGCCUCUCCAUUAGUUCCCCAGAGAAAACCAAAACUUUCUGUUCCAACUCCUACAGUAACAGAACCAGAGAAAGCCCCAAAACCUGCAACAAAAGUGCCAGAGGAACCCACUGCAGAAACAGGAAAUGUCUUGCAUGAUAUCGAUAAUAUGUUGCAAAACUUGACAGAGGAACUUGACGCUAUGCUUGAAGACCAGAUGAUGUCUUUAAGUUGA